AUGGGCCAGUUUGCGACACAGGCUGGCACAGGGUCAGCUCUCGAUCCUGCCAUCUUCUUCGUCUCUGGUUCCAUCGCUGGUGCGGCAGAGGGCUUCGUCACGUACCCAUUCGAGUUCGCGAAAACGACCGUUCAACUCCGCAACAACUUCAACACCAAUAAUCCCCUGCGCGUGAUAAGCCAAAUUAUCGCUCGACAGGGGCCCGCCGCGCUCUACACAGGAUGCAGCACGCUGGUCAUCGGGAACAUGGGGAAGGAUGGAGUGAGAUUCUUCGCGUACACUUCAAUCAAAGAGCGACUUGCUGGACCUAAUGGUCGCGCUGGGCUUUUCGAGGGAAUUCUAGCCGGCAUGUGUGCUGGGAUUACUGAGAGUGUUCUCGCCGUGACGCCUUCCGAGCGCAUCAAGACUACGUUGAUUGAUGAUGCUAAGAGCGGCCAAAAAAGCCUCAGGGGCCCUCUGGAUGCAGUCCGCUCGAUCGUCCGUCAGGGGGGGGUGGCUAGCCUAUACAAAGGCCUUGCCGCGACGACAAUAAAGCAAGGCUCCACUUCAGCAGUUCGUAUGGGCAGUUACAAUUUCCUCAAGGAAACGAGUGAAAAGUACGGUGUGAAGAACAGUGUCUUCACCACAUUUAUCACUGGCGCAAUGGCCGGUACAAUCACUGUCUAUUCAACCCAGCCCUUCGAUUGUGUGAAGACUCGAUCACAAGCAUUGGGCUCCCCAGGAACACUCGGGGCAUUCAAGGGUAUACUCUCUGAUUAUGGUAUCAAGGGCUUUUGGCGUGGUAGCACAAUGCGACUAGGGAGGCUUCUCCUAGGUGGAGGUGUCGUCUUCACUGUCUAUGAACAUUCGCUGUCUCUGAUUCAGACCGUGCUUCUGCCGGGGAAUUGA